AUGUUAAAAUUGUUGUGUUGUCUAUUACUUUCGCUAUGGAGUGGUGUUGCUUUCUCCUUCGUACAUCCUUGGGAUGAAAUUGAGGAAAUUAAAUUUGAAAGUUUACUAAAACGUCUAGUUUAUACGAAACGUGGUUAUAUCACUACUGGAUUGGUUUCUGACGGCUAUAAGAGAUAUAUGGGAGUGCCUUAUGGAUUGGUGAAUACAAGCAAUCCCUUUGGGCCUUCCACACCUUACCCAGACUUUGAAGAAACAUUCUACGCUGAAAACGAGGGUAUAGCAUGUCCACAAAUAAAAAAUGGUAUACCUGCAGGUAUCAUUCAGUGCCUCACUUUAAACAUAUAUGUUCCUGAAAAUACCGCUGUUCCUAGUCUCCCUUUACCUGUCAUGGUUUGGAUACACGGAGGAGCCUUUGUGGGUGGCAGUGCUGAAGACGAAGCCAAUAACCCUACCGCACUACUAAGACAUGACAUCAUAGUAGUAGCUGUCAACUACAGACUCGGUAUCUACGGCUUUAUGUGCCUGGAUACGCCUGAGGUGCCUGGCAACCAAGGACUAAAAGACCAGACACUAGCUCUUAGGUGGAUACGUGAUAACAUUGCAGCAUUUGGGGGAGAUGAAAACAAAAUUACUGUUGUGGGACAAAGCGCUGGUGGUAUGUCCGUAAAUAUGCAUCUAUUUUCAAUGAACGAAAAGCUAUUUGAUCAAGCGAUUAUACAAAGCGGUCCAGCUCUAAGUUACUGGAUGAUGGUAGAAUCAAACAAUACUAUACCUUUAGCUAUCGCUAAACAAUUUGGCUAUGAAACUACAGACGUACAUAAAGCUCUGAAUUACCUUUCAUCAAUUGAUACACAUUCUCUAGUAAGGGCAGCUAAUGAUUUGAAAAUUACUAAUGCAUAUGAUACUGAGCAACCAUUAACAAAACCAUGUGUUGAGAAACAGUUUGAAGGUGUAGAUAAUUUUAUAACAGAGCAUCCUAUGAAUAUGAUUUCUAAAAAAGCAAAAGAUAUUCCAAUAAUAAUUGGGCAUAACGCAAAUGAAUAUUAUUUCCAAUGCCAUGGUCAGGAUGAUAUAUUUUUUGAAUCAUACGAUUUAAGAAACGUAUUUGAACUGGGAUUUAAUACAGGUACUGAUUUCAAUGAAGCGUUAAAUGCAGUCAAACACUUUUAUUUUGGGGAUGGACAUAUUGAAAAGAACGCUGCAACAAAGCUUAUUGAUUUUGGAACAGAUUUUAUUUUUGCUCAUCCAACGCAGAGAAUGGCUGAGAAACUCUUGGAAAGCGGUGCAAAAAAUGUGUACCGUUAUGUUUUCUCAUUCUUUGAAGCAAGUCAUGGGGACGAGCUUCCAUAUUUAUUUGACUCACUGGUUUCGGAACUAAAUAAGACGGACGGUGGAUUAUUCUGGAAGGAACGAUUGCAAGUCAAGCAUCGCAUGGUCAAGCUUUGGACUAACUUUGUUAAGCAUGGAUUGAGGAGGGAAAAACGAGGGAUCUGCAGUAUGCAAUCUGCGUCAGCCAUGGAGCAACAGAGUAAUCACGACCUUACUGCUUUCUCUGAGGAUAAGAAGUCUCCUAAGAUUGCUACACGCUUGUAUAGGGUGCUGAGAUUAACCUGA